AUGGCUGCAAAACGAAAGCGUUCAUCUUCAACUCGUACUUCUCAAUCAAAAAAAACCUCAAAUAAAAAAUCUACUAAAAAAGUUAAUAUAAAUGUAUCAUCUGAUGAUAAACCAACAACAAAUUCAAUCGAUAGAAAAGAUAUAAAAAAACCUACUAGAAAAACAAAAGGAAGUGAACAAGUUAAAUAUAAUCUUGGUCAACAAGUUCAAUAUGAUCCUGUACAUAAAGGUUCAACAAGACGUGCACAAGGAAAAGUUACAAAAGUAUUAACAGGAGCAAAGAAAUCAGAUCCAUCAACAAAAGAAGUUCGAUAUGUUAUUGAAAAUGAUACUACAGGAAAAGAAACAAUUUAUGGUCAACAUAGUGUUAAGAAAAAACUUAAAAAUUAA